AUGCACGCCGACGAAUAUGGUUUGGUCACCAAAUAUGUCGAUUCUCAUAACGUCUACCGCCCAUUUUAUUCAAUGUUUGAAAAGAAAUCGGGACUUGAGACAUUUUGCAUUUCAAACCAUGAUAUUUCCCAUGGACAAUUUGCAAUAUUUUUGAGAAGGCGAACACCCGUUGAAGCUUCCACCAAUGAAUCGCCAAUUGCUCUUCCUCUUCUUCAACACCGUCCGCAAUCAUUAGUAGAAGAAAGCGAAACACUUUACACCGAUAGCGUCUUCUGGCUCUUCGUGUGCACUUUCAUCUAUCUCUGCGCGUUCAUCGUCACUCAAAUGUUCACGUCAAAGCCGAUCGCGCUUGACACUGAUAUGGUUUUCAAUCAUUGUCGCAUUUCGCGUCAUUCGAUAUCCAUUUUGCAGAUUCUUCCGAUGCCCAGCGACUAG